UUGACAGGUCGUGGCAUUAGAGAAUAAUGUGUUGAUGGUUGAUAAGAGGCAACUGAAGAAACCUACGCGCCAGAGCUUGGCUUCUCCCGCUCGAACACGCCCGCGCAAAUAAUGCGUGAUUGUCAGUAUCGUAUUCUUCGUUUAUUGGGUCGUUUGUCACCCGCUCGCAUAUGCAGUAAGAUGUCUUACCUACCUAUCGUAUAAUCUCUGUGUUCGCCGUCUCAAAUUUGUACUUCACUGUACCAAUCAAAUUCCGUUAUUCCCGAAAACGAUUCUUUCCCACAUGAUCGAUGCAGCAUCACGUGUCUUCAAUUCUCGAUCCAUAUAUUGUCGGGUUUCGAUGCUUUCUUUUUUAUCGUUGAACGACAACGUAGACGAGGAUCUGCUUAUUGCUGCCGGCAGGGUAGCACCCGUCGUCGUUCUAUCAUCGAAUCUCUCGAUUGAUCUUCCAACUUCGAAAUAUUUUGUUCUCGCCGAUUCAAACGAUUUGGGGUCUUUCACAGUCGACGACGUGACGUCCUGGCUUAAUGAUGGAGCAGAAAAAGCGAUCUUGCCCCUGGCUCUCGUAAAGUUAUGCAUAAAUAUCUUACCCAAAGAAAAGUUGCUCUUGUAUUUGGAUCCGAUGACUACUAGUACCAUCACGGACACCAUUCGAAGUGGGAUAUCUGGACUUCUAUUGCGAACAGCCCAAAGCGAGUUCGAUCUCUCGGCCAUCAAGAGGUUCUUCUCUGGACUAGAUCUUUACGUUUACCUUGAAUCGGACUCUCCACCUCUUCCUAGCACCAUACGCGAACUGUCCAAACAGUCCAUCACGAUCGUCAUCCCGACCUCACAACUUACGCUAUCCCAAACCACCCAGACCCAUAUCAAUGUAGGGGAUGCCUUUUUGGCUCCUGUCUCUUCUGACCGCCCAGACGGUUUAUUCCCUACCGUUGUGUCUGCGUACGAUCGUUCGGGUACAAGCCUUGGGUUAGUAUAUUCGUCAGCUGAGUCGGUCCGUGAGUCCAUUAUCACCGGGAAGGGAGUCUAUCAGAGCCGAAAGCAUGGAUUAUGGAGGAAAGGGGACACAUCAGGAGCGACGCAGGACGUGAUCUCGAUUCGUGCCGACUGUGAUCACGACUCGUUGGAAUUUAGUGUCAUACAGCACGGAUCAGGAUUCUGUCAUACAGGGUCAGCGAGCUGCUUUGGAGAAUUUCGGGGUUUCUCCGCAUUACAAUCUACGAUUCACUCCCGGAGAGCCACAGCCGUCCCAGGUUCCUAUACUCGUCGGCUUUUUGACGACUCUGUGCUAUUGGCAGCAAAAAUCCGGGAAGAAGCUGACGAGCUUAUCGCCGCAAAGUCGCAGCAGGAUGUGGCGUUCGAGGCUGCAGACCUCCUUUAUUUCGUUUUGACCUAUUGCAUUUCGAAAAACGUCAAUCUCGUCGACAUCGAGGAGGCACUCGAUAGAAAAGCUAGGAAAGUCACCCGCAGACCAGGAAAUGUAAAGCCACAGUACCUCAACGCCAUCUCUCGGGAGAUUCCCGCGCUGGAGGUGUCGUCAGCGCCCUCCAGGUCGACAACGGGUUCUGACCUUAUCCGGAUGAAAUUUGCGAAUCUCGACGGCCUCGAUAAGGAUUCACGACUUCAGCUUCUGAAGAGGCCGGUGUUGAAGUCUGACGAGAUGAUAGAAAAAGUGAAGCCGAUUGUUUCGGAAGUCCGGAAUAGGGGGGAUGCUGCUCUCCUUGAAUUCACCACGAAAUUCGACAAGGCAGAGUUGACAUCAACCGUGAUUAAACCGCCCUUCCCCCAGGAGUCUAUCAUUCUUCCACAUGAUGUCAAAAACGCCAUUGAUAUCGCAUAUCAAAACAUCCUGACCUUCCAUCAGGCCCAACAAGAAAAGGCUACUCUGACAGUGGAGACCACGCCAGGUGUCGUUUGCUCUCGCUUCGCACGCCCUAUUGCACGCGUUGGCCUAUAUGUUCCCGGAGGUACCGCUAUUUUGCCUUCGACGGCACUCAUGCUAGGUGUUCCGGCUCAAGUGGCAGGGUGCAGGGAGAUCGUCAUUGCAACCCCACCACGUCCCGAUGGCAGCAUUGCCCCAGAGGUGAUGUAUGUUGCGCAGCUCGUUGGGUCAUCGACGAUUCUGAAGGCGGGAGGGGCACAGGCUGUUUCAGCCAUGGCGUAUGGGACUAAAACUGUGCCGAAGGUUGACAAGAUCUUGGGGCCAGGGAAUCAGUGGGUCACUGCGGCGAAGAUGUUGGUACAGAAUGACACAGACGCACUUGUUUCUAUCGAUAUGCCAGCAGGCCCCUCGGAGGUUCUUGUCAUAUCGGAUUGGACGGGCAAUCCGGCUUACGUCGCGGCUGACCUCCUAUCUCAGGCUGAACAUGGAGUUGAUUCACAAGUGGUCCUCGUUGCCGUCAACCUGACCCCGUCACGCCUUGCCGAGAUUGAAGCCGAAGUAGAUAAACAAGCGAAGGCCCUCCCACGUGUGGAUAUUGUUCGAGAGUCGAUCGCGAAGAGCGUCAUCGUUUCGACAUCGUCACUUGAGCAAGCUAUCGGCUUCUCAAAUGAUUAUGCUCCGGAGCAUCUGAUCUUGCACUUGGAAAACGCCCGAGACGUGCUAAAAAAGGUUGAGAAUGCAGGGAGCGUGUUCGUCGGGCCAUUCACCCCAGAGAGUUGUGGUGACUAUGCCUCAGGCACCAAUCACACCCUCCCGACAAAUGGUUAUGCUCGGCAAUUCAGCGGCGUCAAUCUCCAGUCGUUCCAAAAGCACAUUACUUCGCAAGAAAUUACACAGGAAGGGCUUCAGAAGCUGGGGCCGGUGGUUGUGACGCUCGCGGAGUGCGAGGGACUAUCAGCUCAUGCUAAUGCGGUUCGGGUGAGGUUACAGGGGUGAUGUAAUUCUGGAUCUUAAGGUGGGUGGGAUUGUAUUUCUCCGUCCUAAAGCGUGUGUAUAUGUGGCGGAGUCAUUGGUGUACGUGUAAUUAAGAAUCAAAUUGAUUUAUUGGGGAGAUGGUUAUUUCGAGUCGCGGGUCUACGCUGCUCUUAGACUAUCGCGAAUGAGCUGAGGGUAGCGCGCUCCCAGAGGCGAUGAGUGAGGCUAAGUGUGUUUUUGCAUGAGCGUUCGGUGUGCGAAUGUAUGCG